GUGUGGCACGACUACGGAUAAGGAUUCGCGGUAAUGUAUAAUGUCCUGCUGGUCCAUCUUGCAUUUCUGUCGGCUGAAGCCUUUUGGAUUCCCUAUCGACAUCACUUUUGUCAACAACAGUCAAGAUGGCGCGCGAUGCGAUGGACGAUUCUGCGUCCAAAGACCAUACCUAUAUCAUGGAAGAGAUUCCUACCGAAAAGGCAUCACUAGCAGGCUUACCGGAUCAUUUGCACCAGGCAAUGAGAGCCGGGUUGAGCCAAGAAGAUGCAGAGUUUCUCUACAGCGUCGACAAAGCAGAGCAAAAGAAGAUUUUUCACAAGGUCGACUGGCGCUUAUGUCCCAUGCUCGCUAUCUUGUACCUCAUCUCUCACCUUGACAGAGCAAAUAUAGGAAACGCCAAGAUUGAAGGCCUCGAGAAAACUCUAGGUAUGAAAGGCACAGAUUACAACGUCGCGCUCAUGGUCUUCUUCGUGCCAUACGUCCUUUUCGAGAUACCGUCCAACAUGAUUCUCGCAAAGUUCAAGCGCCCAUCGUACUAUAUGGGUACGCUGACGCUAUGCUGGGGCACCGUCAUGACAGUCAUGGGACUGGUACAAAAUCUCGCAGGGCUCUGCGCUACGAGGUUUUUCCUUGGUCUUUUCGAAGCCGGUUUUUUUCCUGGAGCUAUUUACCUCGUUGGCCAGUGGUACCCGCCAGACCGUACGCAGUUUCGUAUGGCACUGUUUUACUGCGCGUCUGCUACUAGUGGAGCGUUCUCAGGACUUUUGGCUGCUGCGAUUGCUAAAAUGAAUGGGAUUGCGGGACUUGAAGGUUGGAGAUGGAUCUUCAUACUGGAAGGAAUAGUCACUGUUCUAUUGGGCGCUUCAGUUUUCUUCUUGUUACCAGAUUCGCCCGAUCACGCAGCCGGUCGGUGGCUCACAGCCGACGAAGCGCGCUUCCUUCGCCUCACACACAUUGUUACGCGCGGCCUGAAGCGCGAGAGACAGGUCAAUGCUGAGGGCAAGAAAGAGAGUGUAAAAUGGGGUGUCAUUGGACAGGUUGUAAAAGACUGGCAGAUAUACCUACAAGCCAUGGUUUUUGCAAGUAACGCUGUACCAAACUACGGACUAAAAUUCACCAUGCCUCAGAUCCUAAAGAACAUGGGUUUUACGAGUACAACCGCACAACUCAUGACCGCACCACCGUAUGCAUGUGGUGCAAUCUCAGCAUUAGUAUCUUCCCUACUUGCUGAUCGAUUUACAUGGCGUAUGCCCUUUAUCGCCACCGGACAAGCUCUUCUCAUCAUCGCAUAUGCCAUUCUAUUCGCCAAAGCAGAAGCCAUCAAAGAUAACGUCGCAGUCUGCUACUUUGCAGUCCAUGUCGCUUGCAUCGGCCUAUACCCUAUUCUCCCAGGAUGCAACGCCUGGACCAUUAAUAACCUCGCCGGACCCGAAAAGCGAGCUGUUGGUAUUGCAACCAUGAUUUGCAUCGGCAACUUAGGAGGUAUCGUCGGCUCGUUUAUCUUCCAGGAAAAAGAAUCGCCUAAAUACGAAACGGGAUUCGGCUCAUCGCUCUCGUUUGCUGCAGCGGGACUGGUGUGUGCUUUCACACUGGAAUUAUUGUUCUUGAGAAUUAAUAAGAGGAAUGCGGAAAAGACGGAGGAGGAGUGGCGCGCUAUAUAUACCCCUGCACAGUUGGAGAAGAUGGGAGAUCGGAGUCCGUUGUUCAAGUAUCAUCUUUAGGUUGGAGUGCUAGCGGCGUUUUGUAUGGAAGGGGUAGGAUGUUGUUAGGAAUGGGUGAAAUGGACGAACCUAUGGUUGUUAUCAUUUGAAUCGAGUCGAGAUCCAUGUCGUUAAUCUAUCACCCAUACCCUGCGAGCUUAUUGUAAAGUACGAGUUGAG